ACGGUACCGUUCUGGGUUCACUGAUAGCUAGGGAACGAAUUACCAAAAAUCCUAGAGGGUUUGGCUUUGUUUGGUUCUGCGACCCUUCUUCAGCCGAGGAAGCACUCAAAGAUAGUCACGCUAUACUGGGAAGAACGGUCACGAGUUGAUAUGGUAAAAAGCAGCAGUUGGACUGGUGUUCUAAACUCAACGCAAACAAACAGGGAGAUAUGAUGCUCCUAAGCCAACCUCCUCUAUCAACCCGACAAUUCUCCUUUUAUCUUAAACUAACAAGCCCCAAUUCACCUCCCUUCUCUACAUCAAAAUCCAAAUUCAUCGUUGGAACUGGAACUAGAAAAAACGCUUCAAAUUCUAGACCUCUCAGUCUCGCCCUUGCAAAAGCCGAGGGAAGUGUUGAUUCUAGUGCCGCCGAACAACCUACUUCAACUUCUUCUCCUUUUAACAACCAAGAAACAGUUUUUGUCACUCAAGAGAAUCUUCCUUUAGAAGGCGUUAUCCAAUUCGAGAAACCCGAUAUCUCUUCGCGUAUAAACAAAUGGGGUCGUGUGGCACUGCUUGCUGGUGGGGAUGUCCUGGCUUUGCUGCUCUUUUCUGCCAUUGGAAGAUUUGACCAUGGGUUCUCAGUUUUUGACAUUGAAACACUGCGUACAGCUGAUCCUUUUAUUGCCGGCUGGUUCUUGAGUGCCUACUUUCUUGGGGGUUACUCAGAGGACGGUCGUGGAAUGAAUGGUCUGUCUAAGGCUGUUUCAGCUGCUGUUAAGUCCUGGGCUUUGGGGAUUCCAUUGGGAUUAAUUAUAAGGGCAGUAACAUCAGGCCAUACUCCACCAUAUACCUUCAUCUUAGUGGCAAUGGGGAGUACUGCUGUUCUACUUAUUGGAUGGAAAGCGCUGUUGUUCAGCUUUCUUCCCAGUGAUAACAGCAAGAAAAAUGAUGUGUACCGUCACGGCAACCCAUUUGAAUUAUUUGAGUUGCUAACAUCAUUGGUACGAAGGUGGUGAAAAUAAUAGCCAUUUCAUGUGUGCUUGUACCAUAGCCAUGGUCCCUCACAAUACACAGGUUUUCACUGUUUCUCAUGCAUAUGUUAUGUUCUUGUGGGCUAUAAUUGUAAACAGGUGAGUAAGAAAAAUACUGGGUAGAUACUAAUCUUAUAGAAAAUUUGAUAUUCUUCUGUGUAUAUUGUCUUCCUAUGGCAUUUAGCUUCUGAGUAAUGGAAAAUUAUGUAAAACCGUGGAACUUAUCUGAGCACUGCUCUUCUUAGUCAGUUAUGCACAGCUCUGCAGCAUCUAAUAUAUAUAUUUUUAAAUUCA